CGUGCUCCGCCUCCCGGCGAGGGCAGGAGAGCCGAGCGACCCCAGAAGGGCCACGGAGGGCGCCCACUCCGUCUCCGGCGGGGACGCGGCGCCCAGGGAGCCUCCGUCAGGGCGAGAGACGAGGCUAUGCCGGGGCGUCCGGCCGAGCUCCGCGGCGCCUGCAGCCGCACUUGCUGCUGCUUCUGGGAAGGCGAGCUGCUCCUGAUGCGGGGAGAACCAGGGACACGCUGCCGAUGCACCUCCGGCCCCGGCCAGAUCUGCCUUUGAAGAAGAAAUAGACAACAUCCCCUCACCUUUAUUUGCAUGUUCUUCAGAAUUGGUGCAAUAUGGCACAGCGUAGCAUCGCCGUGGGAUUAUUAGCAAUGACUCUCUUAUCCUUGCUGGGUGACAGUUCAGCUUUCCUGCUAAAUCAGCGUCUGAAGGGAAGGUUUCAAAGGGACCGCAGGAAUAUCCGUCCAAACAUCAUCCUUGUCCUCACUGAUGAUCAGGAUGUAGAACUUGGUUCAAUGCAAGUGAUGAAUAAGACAAGGAGGAUCAUGGAACAGGGAGGUGCUCACUUCAUCAAUGCCUUCGUGACAACACCUAUGUGCUGCCCGUCCCGCUCCUCAAUUCUCACAGGGAAGUACGUCCACAAUCACAACACCUACACCAACAAUGAAAACUGCUCCUCUCCAUCUUGGCAGGCCCAGCAUGAAAUUCGCACGUUUGCGGUGUACCUCAAUAACACAGGCUAUAGAACAGCUUUCUUUGGGAAAUACCUGAAUGAAUAUAAUGGUUCCUAUGUGCCUCCUGGCUGGAAAGAAUGGGUUGGAUUGCUCAAGAAUUCUCGUUUUUACAACUACACGCUCUGUAGAAAUGGAGUGAAGGAAAAACACGGAUUUGACUACUCUAGGGAUUAUCUGACUGACCUGAUCACCAAUGACAGUAUUAGCUUCUUCCGAAUCUCAAAGAAGAUGUAUCCUCACAGGCCGGUUUUGAUGGUUCUCAGCCAUGCAGCUCCUCACGGUCCCGAAGACUCGGCCCCUCAGUAUUCCCAUCUCUUUCCCAAUGCUUCUCAGCACAUCACACCCAGUUACAAUUAUGCUCCGAACCCAGACAAGCACUGGAUAAUGAGGUAUACUGGCCCCAUGAAACCUAUUCACAUGGAAUUCACCAAUAUGCUACAGCAGAAGCGCCUUCAGACUCUCAUGUCUGUGGAUGACUCUAUGGAGGCGAUUUACAAUGCAUUGGUUGAAACAGGCGAACUGGAUAACACAUAUGUAAUAUAUACGGCAGACCACGGCUAUCAUAUAGGGCAAUUUGGGCUGGUGAAAGGAAAAUCCAUGCCGUAUGAAUUUGACAUCAGAGUCCCCUUCUACAUCCGCGGUCCAAAUGUGGAGGCUGGAUCCUUGAAUCCUCACAUUGUAUUGAACAUCGAUCUUGCUCCUACAAUUCUAGACAUUGCUGGCCUGGACAUUCCACCUGACAUGGAUGGGAAAUCCAUUCUAAAGCUGCUGGAUUCUGAAAGACCGGUCAAUAGGUUCCAUUUGAAAAAGAAGAUGAAGGUCUGGAGGGACUCCUUCUUGGUGGAAAGAGGGAAACUGUUACACAAGAGAGAGAAUGAGAAAAUGGAUGCUCAAGAAGAAAAUUUCCUGCCCAAGUACCAACGGGUGAAAGACCUCUGCCAGCGAGCUGAGUAUCAAAGUGCUUGUGAACAGCUUGGGCAGAAAUGGCAGUGCAUGGAAGAUGCCAGCGGGAGGCUCAAGCUGCACAAAUGCAAAGGGAUGGCCAGCCUUACAGCUCCAGGAAGCAGCAAAGGCGUCUCCAACCUCAUGCCCAAGUACUACAGCAGGAACAGUGAAGACUGCAACUGCGAGGAGAAUGAAUACAAGCUGAGCCACAUCGGGCGGCGAAAGAAGCUCUUCUCCAAGAAGAAAUACAAGGCAAGCUAUAUUCGGAGUCGUUCAAUUCGUUCGGUGGCUGUUGAGCUUGAUGGAGAGGUGUAUAACUUGGAUUUGGAGGAUGGCUACCAGCCCGUCUUACCCAGAAAUAUCACAGCUAAGAACAAAUAUGAUAAAGAUGCUGAAGGAGAAGACGAUGAUAAGGAUGUGGAGGAAUACAGUGGAACAGGCAGUAUUUCGGAGAAUGCAGCCCCUAACUUAAUAAAAGUGACACAUAGAUGUUACAUCUUAGAGAAUGACACCGUUCAGUGUGACACAGAUCUGUACAAAUCACUUCAAGCUUGGAAGGACCAUAAGCUUCAUAUAGACCAUGAGAUUGAAACUCUACAAAAUAAAAUUAAAAACCUAAGGGAGGUGAGAGGUCAUUUGAAGAAGAAGCGACCAGAGGAAUGUGACUGUAACAAGAUAAGCUUCCAUACUAAGCACAAAGGCAAACUGAGGCACAAAGGUUCUGGUGUCCACCCUUUCAAGAAAGCCCUGCAAGAGAAGGACAAGGUGUGGCUCCUCAGGGAGCAGAGGCGAAAGAAGAAGCUGAGGAAGCUGCUCAAGAGGAUUAAAAACAAUGACACGUGCAGUAUGCCCGGCCUGACUUGCUUCACCCAUGACAACCAGCAUUGGCAGACUGCCCCCUUGUGGACACUGGGUCCAUUCUGUGCCUGUACCAGUGCAAACAACAACACAUACUGGUGUAUGAGGACAAUCAACGAGACUCACAACUUCCUGUUCUGUGAAUUUGCUACCGGCUUCCUUGAAUAUUUUGAUCUCAACACAGAUCCAUACCAGCUAAUUAAUGCAGUGAACACACUAGACAGAGAUGUUCUCAAUCAACUGCACGUGCAACUUAUGGAACUAAGAAGCUGCAAAGGGUAUAAGCAAUGCAACCCAAGGACUCGGAACAUGGAACUUGGCCUUAAAGAUGGAAGCUAUGAGCAAUACAGGCAAUUUCAACGUCGAAAGUGGCCAGACAUGAAGAAACCGUCUUCCAAGUCACUAGGACAACUUUGGGAAGGCUGGGAAGGCUAAUUUCCUGCAACUGCUGGACCUCAAUGAGGAUAUAAACUGGCCAGAACUUGAAUCUUUGUACAGACUUAAUGAAAGUGUGUAUGAUUUCAGACUGAAUUAUAACAUUAGCCUGGAGGACUGGAUAAACUGAUGCUAAGGUAGAUAGGAUGUUUGCACUGUUAUGCAAUCUAAAUAGACACAGUGACCUUCUGGGGAGUACUUUCAUCCAACAUACGUAUCCCUUCUUGAAGCCCACUGGUUUACCUGCUUUUGCUUUGGGUUAUACCUCACUUGCUUCACAAGCUAUUUUACUUCCACCGAUCACUGCAGAUACCGUUUCAAGAAAUGGCAGCAAAGAAAACAAGGGUGACCCAUUGAGACAUUUGGAAUCCUAAGGGGCAAAACCACACAGACUAUUUCAGUGGAAGCCAAAUAGCCCCUCUGCAACUUCAUCUACAGCUUUAAAUGGCAUUUGAAAGGACAAAUGGAAAAGGAUCUCUUCCCCCACCUACAGAUGGGCAAGUCAAAAUUAGACACAGUGGUAGAAAAUUGCUACAGAGGCACGCAGGAUAUCGUGGAUAUCACUGAACAGAUGCACAGACUCAGCACUAACAGUCUUCAGGUGUUUGUCUACCACAGAAGCCAGUUUAGUUCACAGUUCACACAUCUACCUUGGCUCAUGAGGAAAUUGAAAUCUUCACUCAGUGAAACCAGCUUUGCAGCAUAUGGUACUGUAAAUACUCAGUGUCCUGUUCCAAAAGAAAUCCAAGUUCAGAAGAAUUGUUACUAAAGUGUUGGCAUGCCCCAAUUCCAUUUCUGAAAAGUCACCCCAUUGCAUAAUAAAAAAUCAGAAUUUAGCCAUUUUUAAAAGCACUGCAAAAUUAAAAGCAGUUUGUGUAUGUCUUGAAUUUUAACAAAGUUGGAUUUGUAUUAAGUCUUUGUGGUUAUAUUGUAUGUUCAAAAACCAAAAUUACUACUAUAAAAGAAAGCACUUGUUUACUUUUA